GGGACAUGCUGCUGUUUCUGGGACCUGCUUGUGGCUGCUGCAUGCAUCAGUCCCUGGCUUCCCAGGCCUGUUCCUAAUGGACUCUUGGCGGGCCUGGUUUCCAUGCCACAGGGAGCCUGCGGCGGGGCCAGGUACCAGGGGCAGCACCCACAUAGACAGCAGAUGUCUUGAUCCUUUAGAUGGCACAUCAACAAGUCGGCUGUAAGAUGAGACUCUAACUUGUGCCAAAAGUGGGAGGCUGGAAGGCAGGGCAGCUCUAUUACAGCACCUCAUAGCAAACAGCAUGAGCUGAAUGUCCCCCAAAAUAGCCAGCAGGAGGCUAUAUAACGGGAGCUGCCGGCGGAGCCCGUCAGCCCCGAGCAGGGAGUCUGGCACUGAGCUCCGUGGGGGUGGGACCACUCGGAGCUGCCUCGCUGCUCUAGAGGGUGGCUGUUUGUGGCUGCCAGGAGAGGCCCCUGCAGAACUAGCAGCUCCAGUGCUCUUUGGCCUAAGGAGGAAGUGACCAGAACAGGGGAGAAGAGUGCACAGUGCUCUGACACUGAGUUGGGGGUGGGGGGUCAGUGCUGCCUCCUGCACCUGCUCACCCAGGCUGUCGCAGCCUCACUGUGUCUCUGCCCUUGUGGCUUCUCACCGGCUUCACAAGGUGCCCACCAGUAUGAAAUACUAUGACCCGACCUCGCUGCCCCGGUACCGCGGCUCCUCCCAGCGCCUCAAGCCAGCACGGACAGUGCGCUUCCCCAAUGACAUUGUAAUCCAGGACAUCAUCAGGCAGGGGGACGUGGAGCAGGUGGGCAGGUUUAUCCGAGCCAGGAAGGUCACCUUGAGCACCCUGUACCCCUCUGGCUUGGCAGCCCUCCAUGAAGCCGUGUUGGCCGGGAACCUCGACUGUGUCAAACUGCUGGUGCGAUACGGCGCGGACAUUCACCAGAAGGACGAGAAUGGCUGGACCCCCCUGCACAUGGCCUGCAGCAAUGGCUACACCCACAUAGCCAGGUACUUCAUCUCUUUAGGGGCCAGGCUUGAUGCCAUCAAUGACGAAGGGGAGAAACAAUCUGACCUUAUUGACGCUGACUCCAAGGACCUUGUGGAGCUCUUUAAAGCUGCCAGGAUGGACUGAGGCAUCUCUCCCUGGCGUAGGGCUCCUGUUGCUCCAACUCUCCAGCAGCGGAGGUGGGGCAGUGCAGUUGUCAGUCCUGGGGUUGCUGAUCAGGGCAGUUUAGGGGAAGCAGAGAGUUCACCCAGUAACUGCACUGUAGGGCUGUGAACUACCUCAAGCUCCCCAGAGCCCCCAGAUCGCCAGGGGCACCACGGGGAGAAACUGACCCUCUCCACUGCUCUCACCCCCGCCACAGAGCCAGUGUCCAUCUUCAGCUACAACUGGAUUGGCCAAAAGAGCAGUGGCUGGAGCGCGCUGGUUCUGCCAGGCACUGGUGUGUGGACACUGAAACAGCGGGGGUCUGAGCUGGCACUGGCUCUGCUGUGUGGAAGCACAUGCUGAUAGGACCCAGCCGGCGCUGACAGUGGCACUGUCUGACUGGAAGCAUUAAAGCUGUUUCUUUGAGCUGCAGCUCCGCAGAAUAACCCUUGUCCGUCCAGGGGCAGAGAGAGAGAAUGAUAGCCCAGCUCUCAUGGCAGCAUGCAGUGCUGUACAGAUCAGAUAUCUUGUCGUAAUGUCACAGUGUCAAAAGUCCUAUUUUGGACUGAGCCAACUUAGAUUUGCUUUUCUACUAUAGUGUCCAAUAGGUUGAGCUGGUGGCCAGGUUCUUUUUGUUACUUUGAAAAUACUUUUUACUUUUUCAAUAAACUGAUUUCUGGAGAGCCUGGUGCGGCCACCAUUGAUUUGUUUCUCAGGCGUAGAGGGUAACUCUUCCUGCCCUGCAGCACAGUUGUCCCAAAAUCACCUCUCCCAACCUGCUUCGGGAUCCUAUUAGACAGAAGCAACCAUGACAUAGGAGCCACAUGCUCAAUGAAAAGAAAGAUCCAAGAAUCAACAAACUCACUGCAGCUGUCAAGGAAAAAUAGAAUGUCUGACGUGAUGGCAGAGCGUGGAAACAAGCCUCAGUCAUGCCUAGGCUGUUCCCCACCAUGGGCCCUCGCUGUCCACCUUGGCAGGCUUUACUCUAAUGGAUGCUCUGGUGAGAGGGAGUGGGUAUAACACAGCAGCACUUGGGCAUGUCCCCACGCCCUGACCCCUUGCAUUGGGCCCUGUGCACCAGUACAAAUCAAGCAGAGCUGCCCAAAGUGGGCAAUGCACUUGCAGAUCAAACGGCAAGUCCUGGGAACUCCCACUCCUCAGCAAAGGGCUCGCAGGGCAGCCCCGAUCACUCACCUCUGGCAUGGGCACUGCUGGGUGGCUCCAGUAUUAUCCUCCCCUGUGGGCAUCAGGGAGGGACAGAGCUGGGGGUUGAAUGAGGAGAGAGUGGCUUGCCAUGGACCUCAGCAGCUGGUGAACAGAGCCUAGUUAGCAAGUGGGGGCAUGUGAGGGAGGGGCCUUUGACAAGAGGGCAGGGCUAAAUCAGGUUGAACGGGGUUAAAAAAGCCAGCUCCCAGGUGAGCAGCAAAGGGGGGGAGUUUAGAGCAGCAUUCCUGCCAGGUCCUGCACCAAGCAGAGCCUUGACAGUGAGAAAGCACCAGACAGAGUGAGCUGCUCAGGUAAAGAGAGUUUGGCUGAAGGAAGAGUUCAGCAACAGGGCAGGAGACCGAGGGUCUAUAACCUGCCAUAAAAAGCCACCUAUAAAAGAAACAUGGGGGGGAGGAUGCCUCUUACAAACAUCCUCUAAACCUAGCCCAGUAACCCUCAAUAAAUAACACCCCAAACCUGCUAGUCUGAAACUAAAUCCAUGCUUGAAGAGUGCGAGUAGAGCAGUAGCAAUAUCCUACUGACCACCUGGCCGGGAUGGGGAUGGUGAUUGUGAAAUGCUCAGGUUGAUUAGGGAAACUACAAAGGAAGAAAACAAUAAUGAUGGGGGAUUACAACUAGCCUCGUAUUGACUUGGUAUGUGCCACCUCAGGAAAGGCUCCAGAGAGAACAUUUCUAGACACCAUCAAUGGCAGAUUUUGGAGCAGCAUGUGCUAGAACCCACAAGGGGAGAGAUCAUUCUUGAUUUAGUCCUAAGUGGAGCGCAGGCUCUGCUCCAAGAGGUGAAUAUAGCUGAACUGCUUGGUAAUAGUGACCAUCCACAAGGGUGAAACGUCUGCAUAUUGAAGGGAGACCUUUUCAAAACACCAUAAUAGAGGCUCAAACAAAAUGUAUACCCCAAAUAAAAGAAAAAAAGCAAGAGGCCCAACAAAACGCCAUCAUAGCUAAACAACAGAGUAAAAGAGGCAGUUAGAGGCAAAAAGAAGCAUCCUUUAAACAUUGGACAUCAAAUCCUAGUGAGGAAACUAGGAAGGAGCAUGAACUGUGGCAAAUCAAGUGUAAAAGUAUAAAUGGGCAGGCCCAGAAAGAAGCUGAAGAGUAACUAGCAAAAGACACAAAAACUAACAGCACCAACUGUUUAAGCACAUCAGAAGCAGGAAGCCGCCAAUCAGUGGGGCACCUGCUGGAGAAGGCACUAAAGCAGCACUCCAGGCAGACAAGGCCAUUGCAGAGAAGCUAAAUUAAUUUUUGGCAUCAGUCUUCACGGCAGAUGACGUGAGGGAGAUUCCCAUACCGUAGCCAUUCUUUAUAGUGACAAAUCUGAGGAACUGUCCCAGAUUGAGGAGUCAAUAGCAGAGGUUUUGGAACAAACCGAUAGAUAAAAGUCACCAGAACCAGAUGGCAUUCACCUAAGCGUUCAAAAGAAACGCAGAUACGAAAUUGCAGAACCAACUGUGGUAUGUAACCUACUACUUAAAUCAGCCUCUAUACUAGAUGACUAGAGGGAGCUAAUUUAAUGCCAAUUAAAAAAAAUAUAUUAAUAAAAGGCUCCAGAGGCAAUCCUGGCAAUUACAGGCUGGUAAACCUAACUUCAGUAUCAGGCUAACCGGUUGGAUUAUCAGAUUCAUAGAUCAGAUUUAUCAGAUUCACAGAGGAAUACGAUAUGCUGGGGAAAAGCAACAUGGUUUAUCUACAGGGAAAUCAUGCCUCAUCAAUGUAUUAGAAUUCUCUGAGGGGUCAAUAAAUAUGUGGACAAGGGUGAUCCAGGCAGUAUUCUGUAUUUGGGCUUUCAGAAAACCUUUGGCAAGGUUCCCUCACAAAAGGCUCUUCAGCAAAGUAAGCAGCCAUGGGAUAAGAGGUAAGGUCCUCACAUGAAUCAGAAUUGCUUAAAAAAUAGGAAACAAAGGGUAAGAAUAAAUGACCAGAUUUCACAAGGGAG